AUGUCGUUAAGGACCGCAUCGCAGACAGUUACGAUUGCGGACGUGUGUGUUGCUGUCGUCUGUAUCUCCCUCCCGCUCUCUUUGUACAUCUACAAAUCCAAAUCCAAGUCUACGUCAUCCGCUGGCGGACAGACACUCGACGCCAACACCGAUGCGUUUCAAGUUGGGACUGGAAGCACUGGCCCCCACGACGUUGGGGUGCAAGGGUAUAUCCUGCACAACCAGGUAACCCACGCGCGCUUGUUGCCGAAGGAGGCUGCCAUCGCGUUCACGUACCCUACGAUCUCGCUGCUCGUCUCGCUCAAUGCGCUCGAAAAGCGCGCGCUGGAUCUGGGGGGUGGGUGGGUGUUUGGGUAUGGGGGCGUGUGGGGACGGGUCGUGGGGUUGCGGCCGAAGAUGUAUUUGAGGCGGGAGAGGGAGGGACAGGUGCAAGGGGCGAGAAAGAGGGGAACGAGGAUGCCGACGACGAUCAAGAAAAAGUUGUUGGACCACUUGCUGUAUACGGGCCAUUUGGACGGUGGGGAGAGGAUAUUACAGGAUGCGUGGAUGAUGACCAUGCCGAGCUUUUGUGGGUUUGAAGGGAUCAAUCCGUUGACGGUGUAUUUUUGUUAUAACCCACAAGGUAAUCUUUGGGCUGUGGUUCUUGAGAUUCAUAAUACGUUUGGAGAAUCGCAUGUGCAUGUUCUUGAGGUUGGAUUUAAGGAGGAUGAGAAUGUGGCUAGAGGGUAUGACCAUCAAUGGACAUUCCCUAGGGAAUUCCACGUAUCUCCCUUCAACGAUAGAUCGGGAUUUUACAGGGUUUCUGUAAAGAGACCUACUCAUUCGCCCAUGGCUACCGACACUACUUCAGACCCUCCCAGACCUUGCGUGCGGGUUCACUUGUACACUGCAUCAGAGGACGAUCCGUCGAAACCAGGCGUCUUAAAGCUGACAGCGUUGCUUCGACCUUCACACAGCACACCACUUACUACCCCUUCACUGCUAUUAUCACUCGCCAAAGCGCCUUUGGAACUUUUAUUGACUACACCUCGCAUUUUAUUUAUUGCAUGGAAAUUGCACUACAAAAAGCGACUGGACGUGUUCCUUCGCCCCGAACCGCACCCCGCUACAUGGACACCCUAUUCAGAGCCUUCAGGCGGAGUCAGAUGGCUCGACGAGGGCCUGCUAGAAAAAUACGCACGAGGGCGGGUGGAGUCGUUUCUAAGAGCGCGUGUGCGGGAUAUUGGAGUUGAAGUGACGAUCGUGGCCCCGGAUCCAAAUGUGCCUCCCCUGGAAUUCGCGCCGGAUCGAGGCGCGGCAUCAGAUGGUGCUCGGCAAAAGCUCGUGGUCUCCUAUCUCUCGCCACGGAUGUUUUUAUUGCUUUGUCUGUGCCCGUCGGCGGAGCAUGCGUUGUUGCUGGGAUGUGAAACGGAGAAGGUGUUUCGGGUGUCUUCGAAGGAGGUGUUUGUGAGGGUGUUUGAGCCAGCGCGUGCGAGGUUGGGAGCGGCUGGCUUGCUCCAGCGUCUUCGGUGUUUGGGUAUCCCUGUGUCUCUUGGGAUUGUGGUGCCGCCUCGUCACUUUAUCGAGGAGAAUAGUGGGACUUUGGAUAGGGUGAAAGACGGGAUGAUGAUUCUCACGAGCCGGUUCCUCGACUGGGUUGAAAAAUGGGUGUUUACGCUUGCCCGGGCGCGGAUUGUGAAAGGACAGGAGCCUUGGAAGCAGUGGGAUCGGGCGGCUAUGAUCCAUCUGAACGGUCAUGCAGCGGCGAGGAGCAGUGUUACCUUUGGUAGUGUUCUUUCGCGAUGA